AUGGAGAAGUAUCCCUUCGUCAAGGGGGCGAUCAUCAACGAAGUGGGCAUGCUGAACUGUGCACCAGAGAGCAAGGAUCCCAUAUGCGUCCCCAACUCGGGCAAGUACCCAGCCUCUGCUACGGCCGACCACGCCUGCCCGUCCACUGAUGAGCUGCCCAAUGGCCUGGCGAGCUUCAUCGACAAGAUCUUCGACUACAUCAUCAGCGCGAAGACGAAAGAUGGGCGUGAGGUGGUGAAGGGCUUCUCGUGGUUCAACCAAGACCAGGACGGAGGCACCUACAACCUGCGACUGUUUAACAACGACGGUACGGUCAACAAGGCGGGCGAGGCUUACAUGGCCGCCUGCACACGCUGGCGGCGAUGA